AUGUCGAACUACUCACAGCGCCUUGACCCCAAGGAGGGGGAGUUGAUGUUGAGACGGAAAGUCGAAUUGCUGGAGGAUUUUCUUGCUCAAGGUGCCGGAGGAUCGGUUAUGAGGGAGAAGCGCUGUCAGGCGCUUAAAGCCAAAAUUAUGUGUAUGGAGGCCAAUAUCGUGAGAACAGUCCCUCAAUUCUAUACUCAAGCCGAGCAAUUUGCCCGCCUGUAUUUUGACCAAUGCGAGACCUUCCUUCUUUGGGCGUUGAUGUUAAUUGUAGCCACAGGACAAGUGGAAGCGGCCCGUUUGUAUCUUGGAAACCCCAGCUUUCUAAGUCCUAAUCGGACCAACCUAUCCUCGAAAUCCAGUGAUAGCAGCAUUUAUGAUUGUGAUCCGGAUGAUAAUCGUAGAGCGUCACAAACCUCCUCUGAAAACCCGCCAGAUUUCACUACUAUUGAGUUUAAUGAGCUGCACCCUUCCUUGUCAAGUGGAACUCCCUCACCCAAGCGUUCACCUCAACUCGGUUAUGAGUCUCCACCCCUAAAGCGCAUCAAACUGGGGGCCAACGAUCAAGUGCCAUGCUUACGCUGCAGAAUGUUGAAGAAGAAGUGUGAUUCCCUAGAGCAAUGCUCUCAUUGUCCACAAGAAAGCUUUGACAACAAGAAUGACUAUUGGAAAGUACUAGGUUGUAUUCGAGGGGGGUUGCGAGAGCUGGCUACUAUAUUCUGCCCAGACUUUGCAAGAUCAACCAGGAGAACCUUCAGAUGCAAGUCAGGAGUGCUACUUGUUAUUGAUUUUAACUUGACCAAAUCAAAGGUCUCCAUAGGAAAGAAAAGGCGCAUUCUACAUUUAAUUCAAACGCAAUCUGAUUUUGCUGAACUCCACCACGGAGCUUGGGAUACGAACCUUCGCACGUCUUUAUGCCGGAUUGCCGCCAAACCCCUGGAACCUGCCGAGGCCAAUAACUCACCCGCAACCAAUAGCUUUCCAUGUGAGGACUACGAAGCGCCCUGGGCCUUGCUCCAAGCCGUGGGUAUGGAUCAGUACUAUUCAAAACCAACAGAAUACAAUGCUUUCAGUCUCUUUCGUCUUGGAAACAAAUUCUGCAGUGACAAACCGGCAGCUGUCGAGAUCUAUCUUUUAGAGCGUCUAUGCGGGUUUAUCGUCUCAGAGAACCUCACUGGCCCCCCGCCAUACGAUCAAAGCAAGCUCCCUUGCUCAAAUACGCUGGUACUGGUGGAUAUGAAAGAAGACAUGGAAGACUUUCUGUGUGAUUUUGAGAGGAUCUGCGCGGGGCGUGCAAAUCUAUCCGGCGAUACACAAAUGGCUUGCUUCUAUGCUCUUCUUGUAUUCAGCAUCACUAAAUCCCUGCUGAUUGAUACAUAUUGUAUUAGAGCCGUGUGUGACGAUGAAUAUGCGAUCGAAGCCGCAUGUGAUGAUGUAAGCCCACGGAAAGGAACCCGCGCACUUCAAAUCAAUAGUGCCUACAAGUCUCUGGUAAGCUUGUUUAUUUGGUCGUCAAAAGUGGAUGUCAUGCUACCAGGGGGAAGUAGCAAUUCGAUGGGCAGCAUUUAUAACGCACCUGCUGGUUUAUCUGAGACAUCGACAUUAGUGCAUCUAUCAGGAUGGGAAGAGCUAGGGUUCAAGACUACAAAGGACUUCCUCUUAAGGCUUGGGUCAAUCAUGUCACCCGCCGCCACUUACAAUGCGUUCUUCGCGCAAAAGUAUUUUUCGGAAGCUUUCGUAACAUCUCGACCGUUUGACCACUCCUUUGAAAUCGCUGGACACUUUAGUCACCGUAUCAAGGAAACCGCGACACCACCAUCCCCGAUGAAGGGACCACCAAAGCCACCAUAUACGAUCUACAAAUUCAAUGUGUCAUCGGAUCCAAGUGAAAGAGAAGAGCAGGAAGAGUUGCCGGACAGCCCAUCGACCCUUUCUCCUGGCCCUGAUACUCAUGGCCCUGGUAUAUCUGGCGAUACCGCAUCAGACGGAGCUUCAAACACCCCAAAAUUUGCAGCACCCCGACUCCAGAGCUUCACCUUCGUAGACCAUGGCCAUGAGGCUAGUAGGGGUGGGUCGAGGCGAUUACGCGGCGGACGACGAGGUGCCUUAGAUGAUGCCACUUCGAAGAAGGCCAGAGAAAUCCGGAAGGUUGGGGCCUGCUGGAAUUGUUGGGUCAUGAAAGUGCCUUGCUCGGAAGGUCAUCCAUGUGAUCGCUGCAAACCAAAGGCCCGGAUUACCACACAUCGAAUUUGCAAUAGAUCUCCGUUUGCCGCUUACAGCGACCUCUUAUUCCCAGAUGGUUAUAAUUCACGUUUUACUGCUGGAGUUGUGCAACUAUAUAUCCACGAAAAUAUCGCCGGCUUCUCUGAGCACGCGCUGCCAGUUGAAAUUUCUUGGAUCGGGCAUCGAAAUAUGGAACUACAUGCCACACCUUUUACUCUCACACCUCACGGCACAGCUCACCAGAGUUAUCCUGGCCAAUCUAGUCAAGCGCUGGGCGUGGAAUCGCUACUUGUUGGCCUAGCGCCGUUAGAUAUUCCUGGAGCAGAGCAAGAUUGCAUCCGAUAUUUCGAAUCGUUUCUAGAUAAUCCGGCAAACUCAGCCUUGAUCUUCAGCAAUAGCAUGCCAACACUUUCGAAGCGAGUAGUAGAGGCAAUUUAUUGUUAUCACCAUCGGAUGCAAAGCGUAAAUACCCUCUUGCAUGAUACCCUCUUGCAUGAUGCCCUAUUAUCCCACCUCAUCUUGACGGCAAUGAGCCAACCAAUUAAGUUUACGGCCACAUCUGCAACUUCUCUUGUCGAGCAGCUCAAGAUCCAAUGCCCUCCGUCGGAAUCUUUCUCGUCGCGAAUGCUAGAUCGACAAAUCAAACAGAUCCUCUAUUCCCUAAACCGCAAAAUUGUGACCCGACUACUUGGCAAUCUGGAGAGGCUUAUUAGGGGCCGCAAAGCUUCUUCCUGGCCUAUAUGCUUUUCCACCAUCAUCAUGCUCUGCCUUUCCAUGGAGCAGGUGCAAAUCCAAGCGUGGUUCCAUGCCAGCAGUCUCAAAUCAAGCGCAGUAUGGCGGAGGCAGUUGCCCCACGAAGCUAGCCGAUUACUAGAUGAACUUCCAUUCUCACAGUUCUCACAUCUGUUUCAUUCAAUAUAUCGGACUACACAAGUUGAUAAGGGCGGUCUCAACCCUUUUCGUGGCACCAUUGAAAGUCAUCACGAGAGGGGUUUUGAUCCGACUGCAUUGAUCAUGAUUGGGAGUUUCCGCACUAUUUUAAAUGAUGUUCCUCUCCUGGAUGGGCGCAGCCAAUUGCCAGAUUUGGGUCAAGCGCUUCAGCCAUUCAUCAAAUGCAAUUCCGGACGGCUGGUUUCGAAAUUCCUCGCUCCAUUUAUUAGUAGGCCAGGUCAUAUAGAUCAAGCAAAAAGCAAUUCCAGCAAGCAGGGGAUCUCACCGGACCCCGCGCCUACUCAUCCUUAA